UCUCUCCUUAUUUUUCUUCCUCCUCCUCCUCCUCCUCCUCCUGUUCCAGUGCAUGAAUUCAGUCUUUGAGACCGUCCUGGACCUCACCUACCCCAUCACCUCCAUGUUUUCGGGCUCGGCCUUCAACGCCAGCAUCAACAAGGUGUUCCAGGACAAGCAGAUCGAGGACCUGUGGCUGCCCUACUUCAACGUCACCACCGACAUCACGGCCUCGGCCAUGCGCGUGCACACGGACGGCUCGCUCUGGCGCUACGUGCGAGCCAGCAUGACCCUCUCGGGGUACCUCCCGCCCCUCUGCGACCCCAAGGACGGCAACUUGCUGAUGGACGGGGGUUACAUCAACAACCUGCCAGCCGACAUCGCGCGCAACAUGGGGGCCAAGACGGUGAUCGCCAUCGACGUGGGCAGCCAGGACGAGACCGACCUGUGCAACUACGGGGACAGCCUGUCCGGGUGGUGGCUGCUCUGGAAGCGCCUCAACCCCUGGGCAGAGAAGGUCAAGGUGCCCGACAUGGCCGAGAUCCAGUCCCGCCUGGCCUACGUGUCGUGCGUGAGGCAGCUGGAGGUGGUGAAGUCGAGCUCGUACUGCGAGUACAUCCGCCCGCCCAUCGACCGCUUCAAGACCAUGGACUUCGGCAAGUUCGACGAGAUCUACGACGUGGGGUACCAGCACGGCAAGGUGGUGUUCGAGGCCUGGCGCCAGGGGGACGUCAUCGACAAGAUGGUCCGGGACCGGCGCUCGGCCGACUUCUACGAGAGCAAGCGCAUGGAUGUUCUCACCUGUCCCAGCGCCGGCUUCACCGACCUGGCCGAGAUCGUGUCUCGCAUCGAGCCGGCCAAGCCCUGCCUGUCCGACGGCUACGGCGACGAGGAGUCUGAUUACCUGACGGAGGACGAGGGGCCCGAGUCGGGCCGGGGCGAGGAGGACGCGUUCGCCGCCUCGGAGUGGGCCGGGAACGGCGCCCUGGAGGCUGAGGAGGAGAGGACCCUUCGGCACCGCCUGAGCGCAGCCGGGACCCCCUGACCCCCUGCGGACCUCGACGGUUUCUGAAGGAC